CAGUGGAUAAGAUGACCAGAAUAAAACAAACAAAAUCUUUGUGAGAGAUAGCUCAUACAAAGAUAGCUCCUUUAUUCUUCCCAUAUUAUUAUUUAUUACUAUUAAGAUUACGUUUCAUUAAUAUUAAUAUUAGUGUUAAUAUCUGAGAUUUAGUCUUAUCUGACUGACUCGUAGUUGAAAAAAUGGAGUUAAGAUAGGCAUAACUCAAACCCAAAUCUCGCAACUGUUUCACAUACCCGUCUUACUCGCUCAGCCUCUGAAACCAACAAUCUCUCUCUCUCUUCACAAUUAUAUUUCUUGUUCUCUCUCUGCAACAUCAUCUGUUCCACGUUUUUUUUUUCUUUCUUUUGAAUAGAUUCUAUAUAAUUGUGAUAAUUGAUAUGUGCCCAGUAACAUAAUCCUCGACCAUUGUGUGAGAAGGUUAAAAAAACACGUUUUUGGGUUGUGUUGGGCAUAUAAUAAUAAUAGUAAUCGUUAUUUGUGUUGGGGGUAGUCGGCAGUUUCAGAUAAUCAAAUGAAGUCUUCUGAUUUUGUGUCUAUACUUGCUGAUCCACAAAGUAGGAGAUCUUGCUUUUGUAGCCUUGUUCCUGCAACUUCUUUGCUAUGUCUAGUUUUCUUAUUAGGGAAUGCUUUUAUAGCACCAGACUACAAAGAGAAAUUAACAAUAUGGGGAAUGACUGAUACUCUGCAGAAUCUUAAAUUUAACAAAUGCAAGAACCAAUGCAGGCCUAAUGGAAGUGAGGCAUUACCUGAAGGUAUCAUCUCCAAGACUUCUAACUUGGAGAUGCGGCCGUUAUGGGGUUUUCCAAAGAAAAAUGAAAGUGCUAUGGUUAACUUAUUUGCUGUGGCUGUUGGGAUAAAACAAAAGGAUUUGAUCAAUAAAAUGGUUAGAAAGUAUCUAUCCAAUAAUUUUGCUGUAAUGCUUUUCCAUUAUGAUGGUAAAGUUGAUGAAUGGAAGAGUUUUGAAUGGUGUGACCGUGUUCUACAUGUUUCUGCUGUCAAUCAAACAAAAUGGUGGUUUGCCAAGCGUUUCUUACAUCCUGAUAUAGUGGCUGAAUAUAGUUACAUUUUCCUCUGGGAUGAGGACCUUGGAGUAGAAAAUUUCAGUCCUCAACGGUAUGUAUCUAUUGUUCAAACUGAAGGGCUUGAGAUAUCACAGCCUGCACUUGAUCCGGCUAAAUCAGUAGAGCUGCAUCAUCAAAUUACUGCACGGGGGAGGAAAAUAGUGCACAGAAGAAUUUACAAGCAUGGUGAAAGUGGGAAAGGUUGUGAUGGCAGCAGUACAGCUCCUCCAUGCACUGGAUGGAUUGAAAUGAUGGCCCCUGUUUUCUCAAGAGCUGCUUGGCGUUGUGUAUGGUAUAUGAUCCAAAAUGACUUGAUUCAUGCUUGGGGUCUAGAUAUGCAGCUUGGCUACUGUGCACAGGGUAAUAGAAUUAAUAAUGUUGGUGUCGUUGACGCUGAAUACAUAGUUCACUAUGGUCGCCCUACGCUAGGAGGUUGGGGUGGAGAUGGAAAUAAGACAAGUUCUUCAGCAAAAGACCAGACUUUGAAAACAAAAAAUAUUUCGACCACAGAGAAGGCUCCAUCUCAUUCUCAUUCACAUUUUAAGGGUCCCAGAGUGGAUGUGAGGAGGCAAUCAUACAUAGAAUUGGAUAUUUUCAAGAAAAGAUGGCAAAAGGCUGUUCAAGAGGAUAAAUGUUGGGUUGAUCCUUACAAAUGAACACAGAGGAGAAAUCUCAUACAUUCUAAAUUUUCUUGCCACUUUACUGCAAAAUAUUGCAGAUAAAGAGGUAUGAGCACAAGGUAUCGAUGAUGGUUAAUGCUUAUAGGAGUACACAACUUUUUUUUAUUCUUCUUUUUUUUUAUAGGUAAAAUUAAUGUAAAUGUUUCAUUUUCAUAUUUUCUUACGUAAAUAGUAUAUAGAUAGAUGUUUGAGCAAGAAAAGUAAGAAAUUAAUUGUCUUUAAAGAAAAAAUAAAUAUUUUACUUGUUGAAUUUCAAAGUAAAGAUUUCACAAUAAAGUUUCAUAAAAUGAUCUAGUUAAGCCUUUA